AUGGGUCAUGUGGAGUCUGUGGAAGAAAAGGUGGUCGAGAGAAAUGAUAAUGUUUAUGAUCUUAAUAACAAUAUUCCUGCUGAUCAAAGAGGGUUUAAUAUGUCAAUGUUACGAACGUUGAACCCAACAAAUCCUUCGAGGAUUGCCAUUAAUGGUGGCCGUACAAGAGUCGCCGCUCCUACAAGAGUUGCAGCUUCUAGAGUUGCUACUCCUCUUUCUCAGCCUCGCUCUACUCCAACACCAACCUCACAGAUAUCACCUACAACAUUGAAUUCAACAAGCUACACCAACAAGAUAUCUCUGUCUAUUUUUGUUCUUCACAUGGUGCUGGCUGUUGGGCUAGUGGGAUUUCUAAUAUUCAAGGGAAUUCAAGGCCUAUUAGUAGCAUCAGACUCUACUAAGAAAAAAGAGAAAAGGGUGUUAGAGUAUUUUCUACCUCAAGUUGAAGCUGCCUCUCUUUUAAGCAUCACUCUUGCUUUUGCUUGGCAAAAGGCUGUCAGGGUUUGGCCUCGAAUCACGGUUCAUUUCAUACUAUGGAGCUCGUUCUUCAUGUCACUUUCAGCUGGAAUUCUCCUAAUCUGCUUCCAAAAGCCUCCCACCGAUGGUGUUGGAGUUUGCUUCAUCGCCUUUGCAAUAGGGAAUGGCUUAUAUGCUUGCUGGGUUAACCAGAGAAUUGGGUUUUCUACUGAAGUUUUGAUUAAAUCAUUGCGACCCAUUUCAAAGUUCCCAGAUUUGAAUCAACCUACUUAUUGGACUUGGCACGAGUAG